AUGGCCCCCCCCAAAGGCGCUCAAGGGCGCAAAAAAGACGCCAUUCACUUCGUCAACGCGCGCCCCGCCUCCGAGACCGAGCGACUGGACAUCAAGCGGAUGGUACGCGCUCAUGUUGGAAAAUGGAUCUCGACUCAAACCAAGGACCGUGCUGCCGGUCCUGCCGUUGUCGUCGACCCCCCGCUUGUCCCUUCCGCCGAACACACAGAUCCCUCGCAGGCUUUCGAGCUGGACUCUGACGAGCCCUACCUGCCCUCUACCUGUGCCUCCUCGACCUUAUCACCUGUCUCCUCCGCCUCCUCGCGCGGCUCCCCCGAGUCGUGCAUCUCCAGCUCCUCACAUACAGCCAUUCCCGUUACUACUGCACCGCCGCAUACACAGGCGGAGCUGACGCUCGCUAUUAUUCCUCCCCGCACUAUCUUCCCUCCAUCGAACCCUAAUUUAUGUCACUCGCAAAGCGAUGACCAAGACGGCAUUGUGUAUACAUCGGAUGGAUCAGACACUCCCAGCCCUCCACAUAAUGGAGAGUACAUUGAAACCGUUGGUGCCGGCCGGCUUGAUCCAUUCCGGGCCUAUUCGUCACAGUUUGAGCCAGAGUUUGUACAGAUAUCGGAGGAAUAUUGUUUAUCAUGCCUGUGGCCUGGCCUUACCCCUGGGCCUUCGGGAACGAAUAUGCAGUCGUGGUUCCCGAUGUCCCUGUCCGAUCCGACUCUCUUCACUGCAUUCUUAUACGGAUCCCUCUCACACAUGCGCGUUCAAGCACUGAACGGUUGGAUCCCUCGACAUCUGUUUCAUCACCGACAGCAGCGCCUUCUUGAAAACGUCGAAAUGGAGACAAUUAAGAUGGUUAGUCGCGAGAUGGACAAUCCGAAUCGUGCGGUCUGUGAUGCCAUGAUAUUCAGCGUUGUCUGCAUGGCACAUAACAAAGCAGACGACGAUUUGACCCAGUUUCAAAGUACCCCGUUCACUCCGCCGAUGCAACGAUUGCAAUGGCUCGAUGUGUACGGUAGUCUUAAACCGAACCUCGUUCAUAUCGGAGGUUUGGUUCAGAUGGUCAAUUUGCGAGGUGGAAUCGAAAAAAUCGAGCUACCUGGCUUGGCCUCGGUGAUAUCCUUUUCCGAUCUUGUAACUUCUAGCACAUUCCUUUCACACCCAGUUUUCCCCUUUAUUCCUCUCGAAGCGCGUCGCAAAAACCUGACUAUGCAGGAGAUGUUGGGAUACGCUACUUCCAGUGUUGAUCAGUAUUAUGCGCACUUUCAACACUUAGGCCUGCCGCGCCUCUUUGCAGAACUUCUCUGCGCCAUGAAUACAUACACUGCUCUUGUCGACCACUGUAUGGAUCCUCAAGUGAGCUACGAUUCUUGUCUCCUUGCCGACCAACGCAACAUCGUCCACUUCAACCUCCUCAGCCUUCCUCACGCAGCCAUCGAACCCGAUCCAAACAACCCCUACUACACACCUCAACCCCAAGAUAUCGUCUACGAAACGUUCCGCCUCGCUACAUUAGUCUAUGGUAUCGGCAUCAUCCUUCCCCUGCCGGCACAAAGCACACCUCUCACCAAACUCGCCGACCUCAUCCACAAUAUCCUCCGAAUCCCGAAUAAUCUUUCUCUAUGGAGCGCCCCACAAGCCCAGGUUGGGCUCCUCUGGAUCCUCACACUGGGUGGUAUUGCAGCGACUCAUACCCCACAUCGCUCGUGGUACGCUGACAUGCUGCGUCGGGUCGUGGAUCACAAUCGGAUUACUUCGUACGGCGACCUAAAACGGUACCUAACCUUAGUGACCUGGCAGCCAUCCUCAUGUGACAAGCCAGGCGCUGAUUUGUGGGCUGAUGUUGAAAAAUCGCGUGAAUACCUGUGA